AUGCAAUACACUUCUGCUCUAGCCUUAUUAGGUGCCGCUACUCUAGCCUCCGCUGCUACUCCAACUCCAGAACAAACUGCUGAAUUAGUUGUUCUAUUAAACGAUGUUAACGACAGAUUCGCUGAUUACACAUCCUGGUUCUUAGGUUCUGGUAGUGCUAUCCCAGAUGGUAUCAUCGAUGUCUACAUGGCUGUUCACACUGCUACCGACGAAUCCUACACCACUAUGUUCACUGGUGUUGACGUUGAUGGUUUGCUAGCUAUGGCCACAUCUGUCCCAUGGUACUCUUCUUACCUAUCUUCAGAUAUUUCUGUCGCUAUUGCCAGUGUUGAGGCUGCUGCCGAGACUUCUUCUGCUGCCGCUACCUCUGCCCCAGCUACUUCUUCUGAUGUUGCUACCUCUGCUCCAGCUUCUGCUUCUGCUUCUGCCUCUGAUGUCGCUACUUCUUCUGAUGUCGCUACCUCUGCUCCAGCUUCUGCUUCUGCUUCUGCCUCUGAUGUCGCUACCUCUGCUCCAGCUUCUGCUUCUGCUUCUGCUUCUGCUUCUGCCUCUGAUGUCGCUUCUUCUGCUCCAGCUUCUGCUUCUGCUUCUGAUGUCGCUACCUCUGCUAACGUCACCUCUGCUGCCGCCACUUCUAUUGUUUCUCAAAGCAACUCUACUGCUACCCAAGAAACUACCACUAACACUGUCACUGACGUCAGUAGUCUAACUACCACUUUCUGCCCAGAAAGUCUUGUUAUCACUACCUCUGCCUACGCUAACUCUACCGAGACUGUUACUGUUUGUGAUGAAUCUUGUCAAUCUAGAAAGAUUGCUGAAGCCACCACCACUGUCAACUCACUAACAACUACUACUGUUACUUCAUGUGAUGAAGCUUGUCACGCUUCCAAGUCUGCUGCUACUGUUACCAACACUCAAUUUACCACUGCUACCAUUACUUCUUGUGAUGAAGUUUGUCACGCUUCCAAAUCUGCUGCUGCUGGUACUACCACUGUUAAGGUUCAAGUUCAAACUUCUUCCUCUGCCUCUCACACUGUUGCUGUUCAAAGUGCUAAUGGUGCUAUCAAGCAAUCCGCUGGUGUUGCUGCUGUCUUAGGUGCUGCUAUUAUGCUCCUAUUAUAA